AAACAUCACCAUUCUACUUGUGUCACCUUGCUACAUUCUGCGCAUCACCAAGGUUCUGCAAAUGUUCUAUAUUUGAAGACGUUAAUACAAAGAGGCAGCUUCUCGGUAGCCGCAGUGUCUAUGGAAACUAACCUCAAAACUUUGGAAGGCGCUACCUGCCAAGGAAACAGCGCACUGUACGUCUUGCUAAAUAAUGACGAAGCGACUCGGGCCUAUCUCGAACAGGUUUCGCUCCGGUCUAUUAUGUCUAGAGGACGAUGGCUCCUGUUUUUCUCUGCUCCUUCUAUAGAAACAUUUUUCUCAGAUAUUAAAAUUCCCCACGACAGUGAGUUCUUUCUAACACAGCCAUUGACUAUGGACCAGAGCAGGGAAAUUAGUCUAUCUCUUAUAGAAAUUUAUCAGGAUCACCCAAGUCGGAGCUUACAGAAGCAGCCUGUGGCCAACUGGAGCAGCCGUAGUGGACUCAUAUGGUCUGCAGCCCCAUUACUACAGAGGAGGGCAGAUCUACACGGUAUAUCUCUUCGAGUCGGCGUAAGUGAUGAGGCCUAUGCUGCCCUCAAUUCAAAAUGCUCUAACGACACGAGUACCAGUUUCUGUGAGGUCGAGUACAAGAUAUGGAACGCCUUGGAAAAUAAACUCAACUUUAAGUCCGAGUUCUACAGCCCAGGAGAAGAGAGUCCCGUUUACAAUACGAGUAACAGUUCCUUCCGUGACGUACCAGCAAUGCUUCUGUCUGACCAGGUGGAUGUUGGCGUUGACAGAUACGUAAUGCUCUCCAGUCGGCAACUGUACUUUGACUUCAUAUCUGCUGCGUUUAUAAUCAAGAUGGCAACAUACAUUAAGCGAGAAGUGGCGAGUAGUUCCAGCUGGAGUCACAUACUGGAACCAUUUUCCUAUGAAUUUUGGUGGGUUGUCUCGAUGGUAACUUUAAUGCUAAUUGUCAUUCUCUCUGUGACUUGGUACGUCGGUUCUCCUUAUGGAACGCAUCGAAGAAGAGAGAAUUUUAAUAUAUACAACUCAUGGUUUCAUAUAUUUGGAAGCUUGUGUCAGAGAGGUCAUGACAGACCACCUCAGUCCUGGCCUUGUCGCCUUGUGUACGUCACGGCCUCUCUAAUGUUUCUAAUCUUGUUCAUCGCAUAUUCAGCCAUCUUCAUAUCAAUUCUUACCGUGAGUCGCUAUGCGAUGCCAUUUAUGGACUUCCAAGGUCUUCUGGACAGUGGGACAUACAGGCUGGUUGUCCCGGACAGGCCCGUCUAUAUUAGUUUAUUCAAGGAAGCAACAGACCCUGCGAUGAAACAGAUCUACAAGAGAUUCAUAUUGCCACACAAGAACAGCUUUCCGAAAAGCGAAAUGGAUCUCCUACAUCAAGCAUGUGUUGAGAGUAGAUAUGUGAUUAAUAUUGAUUCAUAUGAUGCAAGAAUGCAUAGCAGUGAGCUGACGUGCAAGCUGUUGGUUGUUCCACGCGCCUUCUUCUGGAUGCCAGCCUCAUUCAUUGUCACUAAGAACAGCCCUUAUAAACGACUCUUCAGUCAUUACAUUGAAAUGUUACGAAGUGCUGGAAUUCUGAAGAUGCUGGAAGACAGGGUGUUACCUCUGACGGACAAUGAUGACCUGGAAUUACCACGAACACAAGCUACCUUGGAAGAUGUCUUACCGAUUUUAAUUAUCCUUCUGUGAUUGGUUUACCAGUACUCUUGGAACAUGAACCUCU